CCUGGGUAAAAUGGAAAAAUCAAGGCUUCCGGAUAUUACAUCAUGACAGUGCGCCACAUGUGCGUUCCAGCUUUCCCGCUCACCCGGAAGUACCUUGGUGGAGUGGAAGGAGAAGAGUGAAGAAUUCAUCACCAUGAGUGGCUUUAACUUUGGCGCUGCUUCUGCUGGAGGAUUUAGCUUUGGGAACCCAAAAUCCACCACUACAACUGCCCCCACUGGCUUUUCCUUUGGUGCAGCAACUGCAGCUCCUUCUGGUGGUUUCAGUUUCGGCACAGCCACACCAACUCCUGCUUCUACCACAGGCCAAACUAGUGGACUUUUUUCCUUCUCCAAUCCAGCCCCUUCCUUAGCACCAACAUCUGGGUUCAGCUUUGGUGCACAAGUAACAUCUACUCCAGCACCUUCCUCAGGUGGUCUUGCUUUUGGGGCAAACACAUCCAAGUUGAAUUCAGGAGUAGGAAAUCAGCCUGCCGGUGGCACCACUCAGACAUCCCAACCCAUGGGAGGUUUCUCAUUUGGAGCUGCAACAACGCAGACUCAGCCAUCCGCCACCAGCGUUGGGGGUUUCUCUUUUGCUGGUGGAGUUGGGUCUACGUCUACCAAUGUCUUUGCACAACCCGCAGCUUCUACCGGGAUCACCUUGCAGUCAGCAGUUUCAACAGCUGCAGCUCCGACUGCUACCACCUCCCAGCCUACCAGUACCUUUAGCUUUGGGACCCAACCACAAGCAGCCCCUGCUUUGAACUUUGGUUUGCUGUCAUCAAGUUCUGUUCUUUCCACUGCCUCUACUCCAGCUGCCGCACAGCCAGUAGCACCCACAACAGGACUUAGCCUGAACUUUGGCAAACCAGCAGACACAUCAGCAGCUGUGACAUCCACGGGAUCCACCACAACAAACACACCUUCCCUUUCUUCCCUUCUGGGAACAUCUGGGCCCUCUCUCUUCUCCUCUGUGGCAACUUCAACUGUGCCAUCUGUUGUGUCAACAGUAGCAAGUGGACUGUCAUUAACUUCUACUGCAACAAGCACAGGUUUUGGAAUGAAGACUUUGGCAAGCAGUGCUGUACCAACAGGAACAUUGGCAACCAGCACCUCUCUUGGUGUAAAAGCACCCCUUGCUGGAACCAUAGUUCAAGCUAAUGCUGUCGGUUCUGCUGCAGCUACGGGAAUCAGUACUGCCACAGCGAUGACCUAUGCACAGCUGGAAAACCUGAUUAAUAAGUGGAGUUUGGAAUUGGAAGAUCAAGAAAAGCACUUUCUGCAGCAAGCAACUCAGGUCAACGCAUGGGAUAGGACUCUUAUGCAGAAUGGAGAACGGAUCACUACUCUACACAGAGAAAUGGAAAAAGUAAAACUGGACCAAAAAAGGUUGGAUCAGGAACUGGACUUUAUCUUGUCACAGCAAAAAGAACUUGAGGACCUGCUGACCCCUCUAGAGGAAUCUGUCAAAGAGCAGAGUGGAACCAUUUACCUCCAACAUGCAGAUGAGGAGAGAGAGAAAACGUACAAGCUGGCAGAAAACAUUGAUGCCCAGCUGAAGCGCAUGGCCCAGGAUCUAAAGGAGGUUAUAGAGCAUCUGAACACAUCAGCUGGACCAGGGGAUGCCAGCAACCCGCUCCAACAGAUCUGCAAGAUUCUUAAUGCCCACAUGGAUUCUUUACAGUGGAUUGAUCAGAACAGUGCUCUUCUGCAGAGGAAGGUCGAGCAGGUAACGAAGGAGUGUGAAAGCCGAAGGAAGGAACAGGAGCGUGGCUUUUCCAUAGCAUUCGAUUAAAAUGUUGGCAAUUCUGUUUUGUUGACUUUUUUUUUUGUAUUUCAUUGUCUAAAUAAAAGGGUUCAUUUUUCUUCCUUGAA